AUGUUUCAUAGAGCUUCAAAGGCGAAAAGGGCAAUAAAUGCCAUUUCUUUUUUGAAGAAUAAAUCAUCCAAAAUUACUCCUGUUGGAUCAUCCAUUAUUGUGAAGCACACUUUAAGUGUCAAUUCCUACCGGUUUAUUAGUUCCAAACCUAACGAAGUGUUCACUAAAUUAUCAGAUGAAAACGAUCCACAGAGAGACUCCUUUUUUAAAUACACUUGGGGUAGUUGGUUAAAGAAUGACAAGGCAGAAAAGGAAAAAAGAACUACAAAAUUUUCUUUAGAAGGACUAAACAAAAUUUUAGACGAUUUAUAUUUACAAUCUAAGUGCUUAUCAAUUAAAGAUGAUGAGAUACCUGCUCCCACUUACAAUAAAAACUUGACAGUUAGUUUGCCACAUAAUAUCCUUCCAAAAUCAAUUGGCACCAUUAACGAUAAAGUUAAGAUUAAAGUCAUGUCUAGUAUCCACGAGGGUAAGCACCAUAGAAUUUAUAAAUUAGAUUUAACCAAUCAGAAAUCCUUUAUUUUAAGAAUUCCUUAUCCAAUGGAAAGUGAACAAAGCAUAGCACAAAGAAUCAAAAGUGAGGUUGCUUCGAUGGAUUUUGCUGAUUUGAAAUUAAAUAUUAAAGUUCCAAAAACUUAUUGUUUUGGUGUUAAUACUUUAAAUCCAAUCCGCUCGCCUUUUAUUCUACAAGAAUAUAUUGAAGGUAACUUAUUAAUGAAAAAAUGGAAUCCUUUAAUAGAGGACGAUUUAUCAAACGGUACUCAUAAAAAAGUUUUAAAUGAGGUUAUUUGUCCCUUAUCGGAUUUCCAAUCUAAAUUGGCAAGUGUUACGUUCACUAAAUUUGGCAGUUUGUACUUUGCCAAAGAUUGUAAGAACACAGAACCUGCUUAUGUUGGCGAAGAGAACAAAAGUUUACAAAAUAGGUGGAAGAUUGGUCCUACCACAGAAAAAUGCUUCUGGAGAAAGAAAUCUGCUAUGAAACCAGAAGAUCAUGCCAAAUUUUUGGGACCUUGGAGUAAUCCGUUGAGCAUUGUUAAAGAUGCAGCCUCUGUGGAGUUAGAAAACAUUAAAAUUAGGUUAGCUGUGGGUGAUGCCAAUCCUAACUCUAACUCGCAUGAUUCAAAAACUUUGAAAUCGGAACUUAAAACAUUUGAUAGAUUAGUCACACUUGCCCCCGUUUUAUUUAGUACAAAGUCUGAAGCUAUUCCAAACGUUGAAGAUUUGUUUAAGCCACGUCUACAACAUGCAGACUUGGAUCCUAUGAACGUGUUGGUUACUAAUUCUGGAGAGAAAUAUUUGUUAGACUUUGAAUGUAGUUCAAUUAAACCCUUUAUUUUGAAUCAUCCCCCAGCAUUUAUUAGCUAUGACGGUCCUAAGAUUUUUGCCUUGGACACAAAACAUGCAGAAUACAAUAAAUUAUCUGAGCCAGAAAAAGAACAAUACAAGUUUAUGUACAAACGUACUAGGAAUUUGUUUUUGUGGGAAUCCGCCUUGAAUGAAAGAUCUCCAAAAUUAAUAUACACGGUUGCACCACCAGUUAAAAUGUUAAAAUCACCAUAUUUAUCGGCAAUUUUAAAGAAAACUGAUGAAGAGUAUUUAAAUAUUGAUGAGCAUUUAAUAUACUUACAAAGCGUGUGGAAAGAUUUAGCUGCCAAUAAAAUUGUUGGUAGUGAAACUUAUCCAGUAGCUUUUUCCAAUGCAGAAAUUGAGCAACAUAAGGUUGAUAUUGAGGCUUAUGAUAAAAAAUUGAUGAGUAUACCAUUUGCAGCUACUCAAGGUUGGAUUCCUCAAGAUAUGUUUGAUAAUUUAGUCAACCAAAAGCUUUUGAUAAAAGAUGAAAAUGGGGACUACAAAUUGGAUGUAAAGUCUGUUUAG